CCUAAAUCUUACAAGCAUGCAGCAGUCAGUAGAAAAACAUCAGUAGCCACUGAAGAGGAUGAACAAGAACCUGGGACACGCAAAAUGACAUUAGAAGAGAGGCGUAUCCAAGAAGGACAGGAAUAUGAGUUGGAGAUUUUCAAGCUUGUGGCUAAUGGAACACAAAAGAAAGAAAACAUUUGUGUGAUCUGUGAAGAAUCACAUGCACUUGGUGAACUCAUACAGUGUGAAGGACCCUGUUCUGGAUCAUUUCAUCUGUCCUGUCUUGGACUGACUGCUGCUCCAGCUGGUGUCUUCAAAUGUGAUGAAUGCACAUCUGGUUGCCAUACUUGUUUUGCCUGCAAAAAAGCUGGAAAAGAUCUGAAAAAAUGCUCUGUUCCAUUGUGCGGGAAGUUCUACCAUGAACACUGUGCAAGUCAGUUUCUUCUGUCCAAGUUUGAGGCUAAAGGUCUGGUCUGUCCCCUGCAUGUGUGCACAAACUGUGCAGAAGGCAACCCAAAGAACCCAAAAGCAACUAAAGGUCGCCUGUAUCGUUGUGUGCGCUGUCCCACUGCGUAUCAUGCUGGAGACCUGUGUGUGGCCGCGGGCAGCGUCAACCUGGCAGGGUACAAUAUUGUGUGCAGUAAACACUUUCAGCCAGUGAAGGCACACAAGCACCACUCACAUGUUAAUGUCUCUUGGUGUUUUAUUUGCAAUAAAGGAGGGACAUUGCUAUGCUGUGAGAGUUGCCCUGCAGCAUUCCAUCCAGAAUGCCUCAAGAUUCUGUUCCCAGAUGACAGUUGGUUCUGUAGGGACUGUGCUGUGGGGAAGACACCCCUAUAUGGAGAUAUUAUAUGGGUUAAGCUAGGCAUUUACAGGUGGUGGCCAGGAGAAAUCUGUCAUCCUAGACAUGUUCCCCUCAAUAUUCAGGAGAAGGACCACCAAGUGGGGGAAUUCCCUGUACGCUUCUUUGGCUCACAUGAUUAUUUCUGGACUCACAAGAGAAGGGUUUUCCUGUUUCAAGAGGGUGACAAGGGCAGUAGAGACUAUACCAACUGUAAAGGACUGGCCAAAGUGUUCAGAUUGGCUGUGGCUGAGGCCACCGAAGCAUUUAAAGUUUGGAAGUCUUACAAGGACACAAAGGAACAACAAGAGAUUGAACGCAACGACAAGAAACCUGCACCAUUUAAGUUCAUCAAGACCAAUAUUCCAUAUGGCAGUGUUCAACUUUACAAACCUGAUCUCUCAGAGCUCCCUCGCUGUGAAUGCAAGCCAUCCAGUGAGCAUCCUUGUGGUUCAGAUUCUGAGUGCUAUAACCGUAUGCUGCAGUAUGAGUGUCACCCUUCAGUCUGUCCUGCUGGAGAGAAAUGUGAGAACCAGAGGUUUCAGAAAAGAUUAUAUGUGGAGUCAGAAUCAUUCCGUACCUCUAGUAGAGGCUGGGGAUUAAGGGCUCUUAGGGAUGUUAAGAAGGGAGAGUUUGUGAAUGAGUACUGCGGAGAGCUUGUUGAUGAAGAAGAGUGCAAAAGAAGAAUACAGAAAGCACAUGAUGAAAACAUCAGCAACUUCUACAUGCUCACCAUUGACAAAAACAGAAUAAUUGAUGCAGGCCCAAAGGGGAACUUGUCCAGGUUUAUCAACCACAGCUGUCAGCCCAACUUGGAGACACAGAAGUGGACUGUCAAUGGCAAUAUUAGGGUGGGGCUGUUUGCUUCUGAUGACAUUCCAGCUGGGACAGAGUUCACCUUCAACUACAACCUUGACUGCUUGGGCAAUGAAAAGACGGUGUGUCAAUGUGGAUCACCCAAUUGCAGUGGAUUCUUGGGUGUCAGACCAAAGACGGCAGCAGCAGCAGCCAAUGAAAAGAAGGCAAAGGAGGCUAAGAAACGUAAGAAACGUCGCAACAAACCUGAUGUCAAAAAGGAACAUGAAGAUUGGUGUUUCAGAUGUGGAGAAGGUGGAGAGCUAGUAAUGUGUGACAGAACCAAGUGUCCGAAGGCUUAUCACCUGGGCUGUCUGGGGCUGAACAAGCCACCUCAUGGGAAGUGGGACUGUCCAUGGCACCACUGUGAUGAUUGUGGAAAGCCAGCAGUGAAGUUAUGCACAGAGUGCCCUAAUUCUUUCUGUCAAGCUCACAUAGAAAAAAAUGUCAUCCUUGACUUGGCAGAUGGCACCGUUUUGUGUAGUGACCAUGACGAGCUUGUGGAUAGUAUGAAGAACUCCAGCAGUGGCACUGACAGUGAAAGCAGCAGCCAAGUUGCAUCGGACGUCACCCAGACGUCUACAUCAGCAGUGCCUACUGAGCAAGGUACUGAUCAAGACAAGACAAAAGCAAUUAAAAGAAGAAAAGCAGCAGAAAGUAACAGGACAGCUGCAUCAAAGAAGAUACAAAAGAGAGCCAAAACCAGUAGCAAGCAGCCAUCUCAGGGGAAUGAAAUGAAGAUAGAAACAGAAGAUCCUGGUUCUGAGAGUGAUGAUGGAGAUGGAAAGUUGGUCAUGGACGUUCCUGUGUUAUGAGGACACUGAAUUUAGAGUUCCAAUGCAUUGUUGUAUGUAUAUAUUUAUAUUUGAAAAAAAGUACAUUAAGAUGUCCUUUUUUCAAAGUAUUGUACAGGUAUAUUUGAUAGAUUGCUUAAACAGAUACGAUGUAAAAAAGAAAGCAAUGGAAAUGUUAAAGACUAAUUAUCACUGAUCAUAAAAUAUCAGUGAACAUUCAUUUGUAUGUUUCUGUUCAGAAAGAUCAGUGUGUCCCUGAUAUUAGGUUUAGAACCUGCUUCAUUAUAGGAUGUUCCUAGUAAAUUCUUUGAAUGGCAUAAAAUGUUAAAAUAUCUUCACAUCAAAAUAUCUUUAUAUAUUGCCAAUUAGUGAGCAUCUGUAGAUUUCAAAUGAAUUAUUGUAAAAUGUUUUGACUUGCAAGCUCUGAUACAAUUUAAAGGACAGACUAUCUAUUAUAUGCACAGACAAGAAAUCGAGUCCUUCAGAUAACAAAUUGGAAACAUAUUUGAGAUUCAUGUUCUUUUUAACAUUUGUUAUUUGAAUGUGUUAGAAAAUGUUCAUCUGGGUGAGGACUGGGUGUGUCUUUGUGUUGAUGUGUGUUUUAGCAGAUAGUUAUUUUAUUUUUCAUUCUUAAAAUGAAGGUGAAUCAUCUUUAUAGAUAGCAUUCUACCUUUCAAAUUGUUGAAAAGACUCAGCAUAUAGAAGUAUAUUUUAUGAAAUGCACUAUAAUUAUUAAUAGAUAAAUGGUCUUUUUUUUCAUGUUGAUUGAAUGAGACAUGUACAAAAGGUUUCCAGUGGGAGUUUUAAGCAAUGGUAAAAUGGAUUUUUGUUUUCAUUUUAAACUGACCUGCCCCACACGUGGUUGGCUUUAAGUUGGGAUUAAUUUUUCUUAGUGAUCAAUAUGGUAAAUUUGCUUGCAAUUUUUAUUCCUUGUUAUCAUUUGUCAGAUAGGUAAGUUCCAGGUGUAGAGAUGUUUAUAUAUUGUCAGGUAAUUGUGUCAGUGAUUUUGUUUUGUAAUUAUUUAUUUUGACUUUCCAGGGAAGUAUUAGUAUCUCAAUAUUCCGGUCUUAAUGUAUCUGCUGUUAUUGAUUAGCUAAUUGCAGCAGUUUUGUCAGGUGAUAUUAUGGCUGCCAGGCACAGGAGAGAAGUAAUGUAUGUGCAUGAACAUCUCACCAUAUUGUGAAUAAUGUUAAACCACUUGUCUAUUUGUGUAUCACAUUUUUGAAAUCUGUUCAACUUUAUUCGAGCAAAAGUUUUUAUUAUGGCUUCCAUGGUAAUGGGAAGCAGUGGGGAUCAAUAUGACACUAGGGGCACCUGCAUCUGUAUAUCUGGCAGCAAAACUGUACGUGAAUAAUAACCUCUACAUGUUGUUGUUCUAAAAAUGGAGCGAGUUGAGUGAUGUCUUUAUUAUGACCGAAAAAGACAAACAGUAUUGUUUUAGAGCUAUUGAAAUAAAUAUCAUAAAAACAUCUGCUGAAGUACUAACCCAGGGAUUAAUAUAUUUAUCCCCCUUUCUUUAUGCUCUAUAAAGUGACAUACCUCAAGAACUUUUUGUAGGGAACCCUUUACUUAUGUGAAACUCGUCUACUUUACUGUAUGCUUAUAAAGAAAAUGACAAGUGUGUUGUACAUGUAUAUGGGGACUAAAUUAUAUAGCUCAUUUUAUAAUCUCUGGAAACUUCACUGUUUAGAAGAUGGUGGAUGUAGCCUGUGCACUUAAAAAAAAAAAGAAAACCAAGUCUGUUGCUUGUACCAUUACGUUUCCUCCAAAAGUAAGGCUAGCUAGUGAAGUUUCCUGCUAGUAUGUGCCAGCUGUAGGUGAACAGCUUGAAGGUAUUGAGUACAUUCUUUUUUUUUUUUUCUUCAAUUAUAUGGUGUACUUAGGACUCUGUGUUUUCAAAGUUUUUGUAGAAUUUUGAAAGCAUUGAAUGCUUUUAAGAGCCUCAGAUAAUGUUUUAUUGAAAAAAAGUAAACGUAAAAAGACACCUAAAGAUGAGAAAACACUUCAUUUGUUUAGAAGAGAUUUAACUUUAUUUUGAAACAUCCUUUGUGCAAAAAAAAAUUAAGAAUGAGCUCAAACUUAAUUGGUGAUAUACAUCUAAACAUGUUAUAACUGUUGUAUUCUUUAAAAAUAAUGGUCACCAAAAGGGCAGUUCAUAUGAAAGCCCAGACAGUAGCUGUAAAAUAUUUAAUCUGGUUACAUUUAUUUUUGGUCUUUACUUAAAAGUGCAGUUUUGAAUGCUAAGAAAGACGGUAAUUAUUUGUAAGCAGGACUCUAAAAGGCAAAACAGCUAUAUGUGAAAGUAUGGUUAAAGGUGUCAGCUUCAAGCUGUUUUAAUUCGGUCUAUAGGUGAAGUGGCGACUCAAUUUUUUAGAUUUUUUCAGACUUUGGUAGAAGAUGACUAAGCUAUCAUCAUAAUGAAACACUGUGAUGCUUCAACUCAUUCGUAUUUGUCAGCUAUAUUCCAAAUUUGUAAGUUGUGUAGUUCAUUGUUUUGCUAGUUCUGUUCAUUGGAAUUGAUUUUUAUUUUUGUUAUUUUACAUUACUUUCUCAUUUCCAAGUACUGCUUUGGUAGGUUGUAGCCUGGGUAAAAAUAAUGGCAUGCGUAAAUAAAAAUAACUUUUUUAAUUGUAAGGUCAUUUAAUUUCUAUAAUUGAAUGUAUUUGCUUCAUAUUUUAAAUGUGCACAAGGUAAUAAAUAGGUUUGUCCGUUUCUAAUUCCAUAUUAUGGUCAUGACCAUUGUCAAAUUGGUGCAUAUUUCUAUGCAAAAUAGCUCUGGGCCUAGAAUAAAGUCAACUUCUCAUUUCAGGUGACUUGCCAUUGUUGAACACUGCAAUUACCUUCGUCAUCCUUUUGAAAUAAAUUUCAGGAAUUGUAAAAUAA